GUGUGUGUGGAGGGAGUACCAUAACAACCCUAACCUAACCUCCAGCAGCAGGGUUGAGUCACAUCCAGGGCGGCGGAAAUUAUCCUCAUUCAUUUAUCAAGUCACUUUUUUUUAUAUUUUUCUCGUACUAUUUUUUAACGUUAUGAAUUGUUCAUUGAAGAUCGUCGAUGAACCAAUUCGCACGCAUUGAAACAUCACAGGAAUGAGUUCCGCCUCGAACUAAUUUGAAAUUGGAGCAUUAUUCGUUUGGCGAAGACUCUGAGAAGGAGAGGGACGGUCCCCGAGUGGAGGGUCUUACUCACAUCCUCGGGCUUGUAGCGUGGUAUUCAUUUUAGCCCCUCGAGGUAAACUACCCGGCAAAAUGUGCGUGUCCGGCUUGUUGCUGCUUAUACGUAAUACCCGCUAUAAAAGACGCGAGGGGUGGGGUUUUAGUCACAUGGAGCAGAGCCUUCGUGAAGUCCAGUCGUCCCAGACUUUGUCAAGCACCUCGCAAACAUUCAAGAUGUUUUCUGUAGGUCAGGAAGCCUUUAAGAAAGUACAGACGACCAAUUUGUCGAGUGGAGGAUACUUGACGUGCUACCCGACCUGCGACAAUAUUUUAGAUGAUUUUGAUGUGUCCAUGUUGGAGUGUGAAUGCAGUGGACCGCCUGUCAACGGUGGAGACUGCUCGCCACACAUGGGCUACUCUCAGGCGGUCAACAGUUCAUAUGCAGGAACCAGUUAUCCCGCCACUGCCAGUCGUGACUGGAGUAGCUACGAAAACGACUCUCUGACCGGAGACACCAUACACGACUCUCAGCUGUGGGACUCCGACAGCACUUACCCGCCGCAGGUUACUACUGCAGCAGAAAGUUGGUCUGCUGCUGGUCCAGACCCGUCUAGGUAUCCAAGUCUGUCUCAGACUGCUGGACAGACUGGACGCAAGCUGAAGGUAUACGAAUGGCCUCCACAAAGUGACCCGGAGCUGGAGAAAAAGAGACGCAGGGCAAUAAAGGCAUUGAGGAACCGUAUGAGAGGCAUUCAGUUGGAGGAGCAGCAACACGCUAAGUUGGAUGCCAUCACUCGAGAUGUGUCGAGGCUCAAGGAGGAGCAGCGCACCAAACAGCAGACCGUAGCAACCCUGCAGGCCUACCUCAACCAGCUCUCUCUCUCAUCCUCUGAAUGCACUGGUGGUGGUUGGUGACGCAGUUUUCUCCCUGUUGCGGAUCACUGUUGACCAACAGCACUCUCAACACUGCUGACAGCGUCUGUAGGCUGUCUUACCCUCGGCCUGGGUCACUCGACCUGAUACUGCCGGAGGAGACCCGUGUCCUGCCCUUGGUGUGGGGUAAAUGACCCUUCGAGCCAGAGUGGAGCAUUUGUACAAGCUCCGUUGAAUCAUGUUCGGAUGUGAAGAGUUGGAAAGCGAGUCAUAAUCCCCAGCUCGUGAUGAGUCUGACAUACGCUAAGCCUCGGGACCGAUGGCGGAGAAGAACGCAGUUUAUUUCUCAGAUAUUUACGCGUAAUAUAGAUUAAGACGUGUUUGAUAUUGUGUGUAUGUGUUUAUAAAUAGCUUGCUCAUAUUUGUAUUGUUUAUCUCUCAAUUGACUUGAAGGUUUCUCCCAGCCCUCGGGUCUCCAUCUUCUCCUUCAGGAAUAUGACAUCAGAACAAUUGUUUCCCCCUUGAUUGAAUUAAAUGUUGAAAUGUAUUCGGUCGUUCUCGUUUCACAUUGACCGUCUGGGUGGCCGCUUACAACAUAUAAUCCAAGUACCUGAACAGUUUAGUAGUCACCAUAACUACCCAUCACAAGCGCCCGGGAUAUCUGGGCGCUUUCAUCUAAACAUAUUAAGCAACAGAAUGGGAAUCAAGGUCACAUCCUAAUUCGCUGCCAUUUGUAUAAUGUAAAAUUGCCUAAUUUAGCUUUAAACAUGAAAAUGUUUAAGAAACUCGUCGAAAAAAAAAUACGGUCUGUGGGAUAUUUCCUCAUCAAAUAUACAAACUCUUUAAAUUAUAACAGCCAUAAGAUGAUGAUUUACAUUAGUCAUUAAAAAGAUUAUAGAGACUGGGAAAGGCCACUACAAUCAGCUUGCGUCACAAAAUUCCUCUAUUGUUACACUAUAAAAUGCACCAGUCUAGAAGCUGGUAACCCAAUCAAAUUAACCGUGUCAAUUAAUUAUACAGUCAUUAACAAUAUGAGAUUAUGCAAAACCCUGCUUACUCUUAUCGAUAAAUUUAAUACCUGAAGGUGCCAAGGGAGG